GGCCACCAGACAGGCACAGAUACCAUCUCCCCUCCCGGCCAGCUGCCCCAACCCUUCCCGGCCUGCAAGGGGUCCCCUGGGGAGGGAGAGAGCCAGCACUCUGGGGGAGGGGAGGCCAGUCCUCCGGCUCCCACCUCCCGCUUUCCCUCCACAGCGUCAGUGUCAAUUUUAGCCACUGACCUCUCUCCGACAGUUCCACCCCCUCCACUGCCUGGUCAUCGGCUCAAUUUCGACCCUCAAUAGCGGUCACUCUCAUCCCAUCUCCCGGUCAAUUUCGUCCCUUCUGGCGGUCAAGUCCAGCCCCCAGUCUCCCGGCUCUGCCUCCCGGGUCCUCUCGCGCCGGCCGCGAGCUGUGUCCACCCCAGGCCGUGCCCACCUGCCGCGCUCCUCUCCCGCCUCGGCGCAUCUCGGGCCUCCGGGUCAGUGUCCAGCUGCCGCGGUCUCGGCCCCAGCGACUCCUGUGCCCCCAGCCCCCUUCCCUCGGCGGCCUCGGCUCCCCUCCCUCCCUCCCUCCCUCCCCGGACCAGCGGAAGGUCUCUGUCACCUCCGAGGGGAGCGCAGGGGAGGGGAAGCCUUGACGUUGCUUCCAGGGACGCGGCCCGGGGCGGGUAGGGACCCGGGCGACCGCGGGCGCGCCCCCUCCCCAAAGUCCCACCUCGCGGCCACGCGCGCCCACGGUCGCGCGUAAAGUCCCCGAAAGCUUGAACGCGGAUUGCAGGAGGUUUUUAUUUCCCUUUGUGCGGUGGCUGGGGCCGGAUGGAGGCAGCCGGCCGGGGGCCUUGGGAUUAGGGCUCCCCCCAGCGCGGAGCGGAGCGGAGCGCAACAAAGGAUGUACCCUGCCAGGGUCACCGUCCCCGCCGCGCAACUUCGCGCGCGGCGCUCGCGCCCCAGGAGAGCCAGCCAGCUGCGCUGAGAAGCCCGGCGUCCCGGCUGAGCAGGGCUGGGGGCGUCCGCGGGCGGCGCUCCCCGGACCUCGGAGCCCCAGCGAGGAUCCCGGAGCCUCCCAGGCGGCGGAGGCGGCGCCGCACACCGGAGUGCGCUGCCCGCGCAAAGUCUGCGCGCUUCCGCGGAUGCCCCUCGCCCCGGCCCUUGGACCCCGCGCGCCGCGUUCAGGGACUUGCCGGGCGCCCCUUACCCUGUGGUUGUUGGAGAGCCGGGCGAAGCCAGGUUUGGGGUGACACGAGCCCAAAUGGCCAAGUGGCUUCGGGACUACCUGAGCUUUGGCGGUCGGAGACCCCCUCCGCAGCCGCCCACCCCGGACUACACCGAGAGCGACAUCCUGAGGGCCUACAGGGUGCAGAAGAAUCUGGACUUUGAGGACCCCUAUGAGGACUCCGAGAGCCGCCCAGAGCCAGACCCUGCAGACCCCGGAGACUCCAAGUUCGACUCUCCCAAGCACCGGCUCAUCAAAGUGGAGGCCGCAGACAUGGCCAGAGCCAAAGCCUUGCUGGACAACCCCGGGGAAGAGCUGGAAGUUGACACUGAGUAUUCAGACCCCUUCGAUGCCCAGCCUCACCCGCCACCCCCAGAUGAUGGCUACAUGGAGCCCUAUGACGCCCAGCGGGUCAUAAGCGAACUGCCCUGUGGCGCGGUGGUACAGCUGUAUGAUACUCCCUAUGAAGAUCAGGACCCAGAGCCGGGGGACGGGCCCCCUUUUGAUCAGAGGCCUCGACAGAGUCGGUUACCCCAAGAGGAUGAACGUCCAGCCGAUGAGUAUGACCAGCCCUGGGAGUGGAAGAAAGACCACAUCUCCAGAGCAUUUGCAGUGCAGUUUGACAGUCCAGAGUGGGAAAGGACCCCAGGCUCAGUCAAGGAGCUACGGAGACCCCCACCCAGAAGCCCCCAGCCCGCAGAGCGUGUGGAUCCUGCUCUGCCCCUGGAGAAACAGCCGUGGUUUCAUGGACCGCUGAGCCGCCUGGAUGCCGAGAACCUCCUGUCACUCUGCAAGGAAGGCAGCUACCUCGUGCGGCUCAGUGAGACCAGCGCCCAAGACUGCUCCCUGUCCCUCAGGAGCAGCCAGGGCUUCCUGCAUCUGAAGUUCACGUGGACCCGAGAGAACCAGGUGGUGCUGGGGCAGCACAGCGGGCCCUUCGCCAGCGUGCCCCAGCUGGUCCUGCACUACAGCACUCACCCGCUGCCCGUGCAGGGAGCCGAGCACCUGGCUCUGCUGUACCCUGUCACCACCCUGUCACCACGCAGAGACCUUGAGUCCUGAGAGGGCCCCAGGUCCUGCCGCUCAGCGGAGGAGGAGGACUGGGGAAGGGAUGGACACAGGGAUCCCCUCCCCGCCCGCCUUCCGGGUCCCGCUGUGUUCCUGGGCCCAGAUGGUGUCUAAAAGCCCUCCCCUGGCCCAGCAAUAAAGAAGCUGCUGUCUUUGUC